AUGGAGGCCAUCCGAGGGAUCGAUUCCAAGGCAGCCAAACCGAUCUUUGACCUUCUGUCAAGACUGCACAAGAGCAUCGAACCCCGACUUGGCAAUCUGUGGCUCUGGCGCUUCGACCAGACAACAAAGCUCCGCACACUCCUUGGCAGUCUCUACAAAGCGAUACCAGUAGCAUCGUUGAAGGCAAUCCUCGAUGACGUCGACUGUGAGUUAUACCAUAUUCGGAAAAAUAUGACAGACCAUCCACCUCGACGGAGUACGGAGCGGGCCGAAGAAUCAAAAGCUUCAGUUGCUACCAGUUCGAGCCAGGUCAUCCGGGACGAGGAGACCAAUCAACGUGAAUUCGAACACAAGCAUGGCCGGAAAGAACACAAGAGAUACCCAAAGGAUGAGCCUAGUAGAAGCAUUAUCGAGGGAAAAGAACUGCCCGAGCUAUCAGGAAGUGAUAUUGACCCUCCACCCGCUCAAGUUCACCAAUCUAUCAGAAUCGUAGAGGGAUGGCUCGAACAGUGCUAUUCAACAAUGGAAAACCAUAGGAAGAAGGAUGACGAUACUCGCUCAAUGGUGUCCACCCUUGGAGGUGGUAUAGCAGAGAGACCUGAGGGAGACGCAGAAGUUGGAAAAAGAUUCAGAAUUGGUAGUUCGAAAAGCUCUAUCGAGGAUAGCAUUAGUCGUUCUCAUUCAUACACGCUUCCGCUGACCCAAAUUAGCGACUGCGUCUACGAGAGGCCACCACAUAAUUUGGGCCUUGAUAUGCGAUUUUUAGGGAGGGCAAUUGAGAUAGGCACAGAAAACGGGGCAGAACAUCAAUAUCAGAACAAAAAAUUGGCAGUUAUCGAACGAAUGAAAGCGGAGAAACUGAGCAUAAAGCGCAAAAUCUCUCUCAAUGAAGCAAUAAGCAUCUUGAGAGCUACAAAAAGGCGACAAGAACGAAGAUGCAUGAUGUCUGGAGGUCGAAGCGUUGAGCAAGAUUCACCGCCAAGGUCGCCACUAGAGCACAUUACUAUUGAAAACCACUCCUUGGUGGGUUAUGAAAGCAGUACUGAGGACUCAAUAUCGUUGACGGACAGUGAAAUGCAAAGAUGCUUGAAUAUUAUAGUUACGGACUUGAACCGAAGAAAAUCAAAUACGUCCUCAGAGAGCAGUCGUCCAUCAGCUAUCAAUAUUGGAAGCAUUUUGGCACAAAAUUCUCCGUCGAAUCGCGAGAGUUCUUCAUUGGACCGAGUCAACUCUGAAAGAUCUUCAAUGCAGGGAUCACCAACCAAGUGCUUUUCACCACAGAUGCCAACCACCCCAUGUGCGACUAGACGACGGCCUCUAUCUCCAGAAAUCUCUAAGAUAAGGAGAGAGCCACGGCAGAUCUCAGGGCAAGCACUUGCCAAACUAGAAUCGCACCAUGGAGAGCAGGCGGGUUGCAACAGAUGGGAAGAAAAACAGACGGCCAACGUGCAGUCUCUGCAGGAAAAGAUAACAACACUCACAAGCACUAACAACAAGCAGCCAGCAAUUCAUUUAGAAAAUAUGAAUUUAUCAGAAGCCAUCAUCAACAGCAGGAGAAGACGCGCAAAACGGGCCUCGGAUUCAAAGGUCCCAACAGAUGAAAAGUAUCGACAUGCUGAGAGAGAGAGGUUCUGGACGUCAAAGAGACCGUAA